AUGAGCAGUAAUCUUAUCCUUUGGCAACAGAAAAUCCAAUGGAGUAACAGGUCUACGGUUAAACAUGAGUUGGAGUACAUUGAGUACUUGCAUGAACUGAGAUACGCAAACAGAGCCGAACAUAUGAAUUCAUCUCAGGCUGGAUUAUACAAGCGUAUCAAGUUUAACAAUGAGAAGAGAGCUGCUGCACACUAUCAAGUUGGAGAUAUGGUUAUGGUCAAGUUUCAAGUUCCACCUACCUACGAUGAGGUUGGAAUCGCUCGUAAGUUUCUACCUAAGUGGUAUGGUCCGAUCAAGGUGUUAAAGGUUCUUGGUCCAAAUACACCAGGAACUCCAGAGUAUCUUAAAUACAAAAAUAACCCUGCAUCCCCAAAUGGUGUACCAACUUCUUCAAAUCCAAAUUUCGGAGGUGGAAUGAAUACAAACCAAGGUUUUAAAUUAUAA